AUAACUACUUUAGUGGUAACCAUACAAUAUUAGUUCUAGUUUAAUUUGAUGCUAUUGAUGAAUACAUGAAUAAAGAACAAUUUUUUUUAUUAUACUAAUUUAAUUGUUCUAAACAAUAUUUAAGUAAUAAUGAUAAAACAACGACUGAAAAAAUGGACAUCUAUAAUUAAUACACAAUUGAUAUUAAAACGAUCAUUUGUAGAUACACUAAGAAAAACUAGUUUAUAUGAUUUUCAUGUAAGUAAUGGAGGCAAAAUGGUACCAUUUGCCUCUUAUUAUAUGCCUAUUUCCUAUUCUGAUUCUAUAACAUCAUCACACUUGCACACUCGGAAAUCAUGUUCAUUAUUUGAUGUUUCACAUAUGUUACAAACUAAAAUAUAUGGAAAAAACAAAGAGCAAUUUAUAGAAGAAAUGUGUGUUGCAGAUAUUCAAGGAUUAAAAAAAGGAACAAGUGUUUUAAGUUUAUUUGUGAAUGAUCAUACUGGAUGUAUACUUGAUGAUUUAAUUAUUACUAAAACAGAAGAAAAUUAUAUAUUCAUGGUUACAAAUGCGGGUUGCAAAGAAAGCGACAUGAAAAUGAUAUUAGAGAAAUUAGCUGACUUUAAAUCAAAAGGGAAAGACGUGACUAUUGAAUUUUUGGACAGCAAUGAUCAGUCUUUGUUAGCAUUACAAGGACCAAAAUCAAUGAAUGUUCUUCAACAAUUAGUUACUGUUGAUCUGUCUAAAUUAUACUUUAUGAAUAGUGUGAUUGCAACAGUUUGUGGUGUUCCCAACUGUCGCAUUAACCGUUGUGGGUAUACAGGAGAAGACGGCUUUGAAAUAUCUGUACCUUCUGAUAGGGCAACAAUGAUAUCUGAGAAACUCCUAAUUAAUAAUAGUGUUAAACUAGCUGGACUUGGAGCUAGAGACACAUUGAGAUUAGAAGCUGGAAUGUGUUUAUAUGGAUCUGACAUUGAUAGUACCACUACUCCAGUAGAAGCUGCAUUAGUGUGGACAAUAAGUAAAAAAAGAAGAGAUGAAAGAAAUUUUCCAGGUUCUUCUAUUAUAUUAAAACAAAUAAGUGAAGGCGUAAAUCGUAAGCGGGUGGGCUUAGUUCAAAAAUCUUCAGGUGCACCAGUGAGGAGUGGAGCAAUUAUUUUUGAUACUAAUGGAAAUAAAAUAGGAGCAGUAACUAGUGGAUGCCCUUCUCCCUCAUUGCAACAAAACAUCGCCAUGGGUUAUUUAAAUAACAAAUUUGCAAAAAUUGGUACUGAGGUUAAAUCACAAAUCAGAGGCCAACAAGUAUCAAUGACUGUAACAAAAAUACCAUUUGUUAAUGUAAACUAUUACUCUCAAUCAAAGUAAUGUUUUUUUUUUUUUAAUGUAAUUUAUUAAAGGAAAAACUUUACAAUUAGACAAUUGUUAACAAAAUAUUUGUAAAAAAUAGAAUAACAAUGUUAAAUUUUAAAGGUGCAACUAUUUUUUUAAAAAGUGCAUAAUUAUUUUGUAUUAAUAUUGUUAGUUGCUAUUUAAAUAUAAUAUUUGUAAUUAA